UUAUUUAUUCAAGUCGACGGUUGUAGUAGUCCUAGUAAAUCCCAUUUUAUUCGAUUACUAUUUAUUAAAUUUAAGGAAAUAGUAACCCUCAACUACCUUCCCGACCCCGUUACUCGUACUACUCCUACCGGUAUAUUUACUACUAAUAUUAAUAGGUCUACUAUUUAUUCCCUUCUAUAG